AGUGAGGACGCAAGCCUCACACGGAACCAUUUCUCUUUCUUCAUACGACGCGAAUUGUGCUUGCUUGUGUGAUGUGACUGACAUUUGUGACUUUUUUCUUAUUUUUAUUUUUGGGUUAUUUUGGUUCAUUGGAUUGUGGUGACACGUUUCUGGACUCUUCCCGCAUUGGUGCAACUCCUGACAAGCGUCGCCGACUCACAAUAGGUAAUGCAGAAGGAUGACGAUGGCAGAGACGGCCGUUGAGUCUUCCACCGAUAAAGUCAACAACAACCAUCCAUUGGUCGUCAACCACAACCACCGCCAAGGUACCAAACAACGGAAACGGAAGAGACUCAGCCAAGUCCUGGAUAAGCUAACAGGAGGACACAACGACAACAUUCCUGAUGAUGACUCAAUCGCCUCACCUCCCAACAACAACAACAUCGAAGAACAAACCACCAAACACAGACAAUUAACUCCUGAUGUCUUCAAAUUUGACGAAGAUGUCUUCAGUCCUGCAAGCUCUAGUAACAAAUCACCACACAGUUCGACCGAAUCGCCUCGAAUCAGUUUCAGUCCUUUGCGAUUGAAAGAGGACGAUGCUAGUUGUAGUCCUCCCCUCCCUUUUCAACGUACGUCAUGUCCUUGCUAUCAAUGCGUCACUGGUGUUGGUCACACACCCUACGAUCGGUAUUUCCCCGCCCCUAGCCCCGCCUCCUCUGGCAAUUUCGAACGCUACUUCCACUCCAAAUACCUACCAGACAUUUUCCGACGACGCAGUCACUCUGAUUCGGACCUCCCACUUUGGAAAAACUGGCCACACCCUUUGACACUUCCCCAAGACUCGCCAUUGGAUCUUUCGGUGAAGAAACCACUCCCUUCGCCACUCCCUCUCUUCAGAGGUCCAGUGUCGGUUCCGGUGGUCAAAGGCGAUGUUGCGUCCCCCACCACGAAGGAGUCAGUGGCGUCGCGGUACAAUUUGGAGGUGUCCCCCGUCGUGGAGGAGAUGCCUCCGGGGUCUGACGUGGCAUAUGUAUGCCCCGUUUGUGGGCAAAUGUUUAGUCUACAUGACCGAUUGGCCAAACACAUGGCUUCGAGGCAUAAAAGUCGGCAAAAUACCGGCGAGAGCACAGCCAAGGCAUAUUUAUGUGAUGUCUGUAAACGGUCGUUUGCUAGGAGUGAUAUGCUCACGAGGCAUAUGAGACUACACACGGGAGUGAAGCCGUAUACAUGCCGUGUUUGUGGGCAGGUUUUCUCCCGUUCGGAUCAUUUGUCGACGCAUCAGAGGACGCACACGGGGGAGAAGCCCUACAAGUGCCCCCAAUGCCCCUAUGCGGCAUGUCGCAGAGACAUGAUCACGAGACAUAUGAGGACGCAUGCGAGGUACGAACCGGAUUUGGUGACGCCUGUCAAGACUGAAAAUCACUAGGAUUUUGGGGAAUUUUGUGGUGGAAAUUCUAGUCGAGGUGUCAAUAUUACAGUGUUUGUGUGGUCACUAAAGAUCUCAUUUCAUUCCAUUGUGCGUCAAUUGACAUGCCAGUUUAGACGAAACAGCGAUAUUUUACAUUUUGUGCCAAAUAAUAAAUGGCCAGUGGCGGAACUCGAGCCAGAUAUUAUGUCACUUGUUUUUCUACACGAGGUGGGAGUGGAACCAGGGGCGUGCAAAUUUUGACAAAGUAAAAAAACUAAAAACAUUUUUGAAAUAUUUAAAUUUCAGCUCACUAUGGCUUGUGACUUUAAGUUGGCAACAUUGAAUAAUCUUUUUACUUUCAAAAUUUUUAGUCAAAAGUAAUUUUUUUAGCACAAACUUUGACAAAUACAUUAAAAAUGUUGUUUUUUUAGUUUUUCUAGUUCAAGAAUAACAGUUUGAGUUGGCAAUGCUGAUUUAUUUUUAAAUGGCACAACUGAUGUAUCUUCCGGUUGUUUGAUAUUGACAAAAAUUAUACAAAAACAUAACCAUUUUUUAUUUUGUUGCCAACUCAGUCAUUUUUAAACACUCUGUAUAUUGGUUUCUCGUUAUGUACAGUCAACAUUAAAAAAAACGGUUACUGUCCGUUUUUUAACAAAAAAAACACAAGAUUAAAAAAAAUGUUAUAUAAAUUUGUUGACAUGUUAAAAAAACAAGUUUGCACAACGGUCAAAUACAGGGUGGUUAGGAAAAACUGUUUUAAGUUGGCAAUGCUAAAUUUUAUUUUUAAAUGGGACAAUUGGAAUAAAUCCGGUUGAUUGACAUUGACAGGAUAGAACAAUAAUAGAAUCUACAAUCUUGUUACGUCAAAUAUCUGUCAAUCAAAAUGUUGCCAAUUCAAACAGUCAUUAUCGAACACUCUAUAUAUUGGUUUUUAACAAUGUAACAUUUAAAACACUCACUCUUCAAGAAUUUUUCUCUAUUUGCUAAAGUUUUGUUUUUUUUUUGAUAAAAAGUAAAAAAAAGGUUUAAUAAACAACAAAGACGCUUUUAUACUCGACGAUAUUUUAUAAUAAAGGGUUGUCUAAAUUUCUAUACCCUUUUUUGAAUUUAUUUAAAUGUAAAUAUCAAAAAUUAUGUGUUUUUAGUCAAAUUAUUCGAAAUUCAGUAAUUUGCAAGUCUGACCAUUUUUUUCAUUUUAAAGGAGAACAAAAAUCACAGAAUGGUCAACAUUUCAACAAAAGGCUUGAAAUUUUUUGUUUUUGAAAGAAAAUCAAGAAAAAACAUUUAAAAAACUGUCAAUGUUCAAGAAUUUUUCUCUAUUGAUAAAAGAAAGGUUUAAAAAAUGACAAAAAAGAUUUUUCUUAAUAAAGGGUUGUCUAAAUUUCUGUAUCCUUUUUUUGAAUUUAUUUAAAUGUGAAUAUCAAAAAUGAUGUGUUUUUAGUCAAAUUAGUGAUUUGCAAGUCUGAGUUUUUUUUUUAUUUUAAAGGAGAACAAAAAUCACAGAAUAGUCAACAUUUUUGAUUUGUUUAUUCUUGCCAAAAGCCUUGAAUAGUUCUUUGUUUUUGAGUAGUUUUUUUGUGAUAAAAAUCGCAUUUUCGCUGUCUUUGGUUCCACUAACCCUAGUUCUAAAUUGUGAUCAGAGUUGUAUUGGCCAUUUUCUACUUAGGUUACAAUGGACACUUUUUGAUUAUCCGGUCACAGGUUAGUGAUUUUUACAUUUUUACGAAUAAUCUCCCAGUGCCUGUUGUAUUUAUAAAUUGUAAGAGAAAAAAAAUUGCAAGACUAACUCAUGUAAACUUUUCAACUUUUCGUAUUCAUAAACGUACUUACACUGAAAAAGUCUAUAAUAAAAUUCGAGCACUUUAUGUUUUGUGUAACUACCUCAUAAUUUAUAAAAAAAAACGAGAAAAAUGUUUUGAAACGGGUCUUUUGUGUAAAAGUGGCAACAUUGGUUGAGGUUAUGUUUUAGCCAAGUCGCAAACUUCUCCAUAAAGAACCCUAAAAGUUUUUGAAGCCGCGAUGGGCUGCGCUACCCAUGGGGUCCCAUUUUAAUAUUUUCAAGGGUCUUAAACAUAUCAACAUAGAUAGAUAGAAUCUUGAUCCAUCCAUUAGUGCCGAUUUUUCCCAAAAGGGUGUGCUGUCUAAAAAUCGAUUAGUAUUUUAGAUAAUAGACUUUGAUCAGUUAAGACUCGAAAUGAAGGCUGUAAAAUGUAAAUUGCGAGUGCUUGUAGAUUUACUUACUUGAUUAGUUAAGCUUGUGUCCUGUAAAUGUUGAAUUUCCUUGCCUAAAGACGAAAUGAUUGUUAUGUUUUGAACAAAAAUGCUUUAAUAUUAUUUUAAUGAUACGUAAUGUUUAGAUUUUGACGAGAAUACGAAUACUGUGAUAUUUGUACAUUUCGUUAUUACUACUUUAAUUUUAACGAGAGUAAUAAUAACUUGAUUAGUUAUAUAUUUUUGAUAUCGAAUUUUAAAAUGAUGAGAAAAUGUCUCAUUCUCGAAAAAAAUGUAUGAAUUUUAGCAGUUUCGUGCCACUAAAAUUAUUAUUCAAUUUGUUACCUGUUUUUUUUUCUAUACUCUAUGUAUAAAAUUUUUACAUUUGUGCCACACCUUUGUUUAUAUGUUAAUGUUAAACGUAUGUUUAAUUAUUUUUACUAUUGUACGUAAGUUUAUUAGAUAAGUAUUCACAUUGUUAAUCUUAAACCAGUCGGUUUCAAACUCUCUUUUUAUUUAUCUAUAUUUAUUAUUUUCUUUUUUUUCUCUUUUCAGAAAAGUGUUUUAUGUUAUUGCGUGUACAAAGACAUGGCUACUUAAUUAUUUAAUUUGUUAUUUUUUUAUCUACCUAUUUAAGUUUGAACGAUUCUGUGAAUCGCACUUUUUGAACGUCUCUUCUGUUAUUAGUCAAAGAAGAAAUAAAUCUCAUUCUCAAAA